UAGACAUACCAAGUUAGUACUUCGAGAAGGAAUAAUGUUGUUCAAAGCUCUAUCAUUUUUGCUAGUAGUUAGCUCAGUUUUCGCUGAGGUGCCAAGCGAGGCGAGACUCAAUACAGACCGCGCUCUGCUCGAUCUGAUGAUGCAGCCUCGUGGAGACGCGGCAGUCGACGCCUAUUGUUGGGGUCGCUACACCCCAGUUAUGAAGGAGAUUAUCGAUGUGUUUGAGGCUGAAUCCAAGCAAUGCCAAACCGACUACGAUCUCAGUAAUGCUGCCAUUAUCGCAAACUAUACUGGACUUCGCGAAAACGUUACCGCAAUUGCAAAGGACUCGUGUGAAUCACUUCAGCGAUGCGAUGGUCUUCAAACUCAACUUGAAGCUUUCAAUUGCUUUGGAACAACAGGACGUGAUCAAGCCCAAAAACUGACAUCAAUGUCAGGUACAUCCUUUUCAGCAGCUAUCAGUCUUGAGGAGGAAAUCAGCCGCAUCUUAAGUGUUCAAAAACUUUGCAACGAGAAGGCCCUCGCUCGUUACAGCAACGACAACAGUCAGGCACUUAAGGAACUGACGGAAUGUCUCAAUGGCAAUAUUUCGGAAAGUUAAACUGUCAGAAAUUAAAUAAAUCAUAUAAUGUGAGCAUUCCUAAUAAAAAAGCGAAUAAAUAUUUA